UAAGUAUACCAAAGUCACACAUGGGCAUAUGGGUGCUCCCUCCCUCACUGUUGUCCAUUCUGCCCCUUCUAAAGGAAUUUCCCAUACAGAGGCAUUUUGCCAGCUGCUGUGUGGAGCUGUUUAGGCAGGUGAGUCCAGGAGUUCUAAGACAUCUCUCAUGAUGUUUUCUUGUCUCUCAACUGUGCUCUCACAGGUCUCUACAUUCUUCCAAGACCAGCGGAAAAUGAUCACAUCCCAGGAACAUUGCUCCACAGUGAAAAUUGAUUGUGUGACUGGGACUCAGAUCUUCUUACCGUUUAUGAUUUUGCUUCAUAUUUGCGAAGAAACUAUAUUUGUAUUUAACAUAUCUUCAGUAAAAUCCAAGGUGCUGACCCACUCAGCCAUGAACUUGCACAAAACUCCUUUAUGAUACCUGUCUGAAUUGCACAUAUUUGUGGUGUGGAUCCUUAAAGUCCUAUGGUAGGUAUGUCUUUGUAUGUGUAUUCAUGAGAGAGUAAGUUUCUUGAGAUAAGGAAGAGUAUUUUAUUCAACUUGGAAUACUCAGAAAGUAAUAUUUUAAGCACAUGUGGGCACUCUGAUUUUUUACACUAAGUAGGAAAUUAAUUCACUGACAUGGUAUUUCCACUGUUAUUUCUUUGUUACCUACAAAAUACAACACAAAAUAAGGCAUAUAGUAGAGAUCCUUUGUAACAUUUUCUGGUCAAUUUUCAACAGUAAAAAUGAUAAGAAUUUGCUCCUUAAAUACCUUUUUCAUAUCAUCCAAUUGUGACCAUUCAGACUGAGCAAAAAAUACGCUGUUCCAGGGGUCAGUAUCAUUCAGGGAUGUGACUGUGGGCUUCACCCAAGAGGAGUGGCAGCACCUGGAGCCUACUCAGAGGACCCUGUACAGGGAUGUGAUGCUGGAGAAUUACAGCCACCUCGUCUCAGUGGGAUAUUGUAUCUCUAAACCAGAAGUCAUCCUCAAGUUGGAGCAAGGAGAAGAGCCAUUGAUAUUAGAGGAAGAAUUCUCCAACCUGAGCUACCCAGAAUUAAUUAAUGACAGUAGAAACUAUUCAAGGAAGAAGACGAAUGAGUAUAAUAGAGGUAGAAAAUGGCACGGUGAUAGUAAGCAUGCAAGAACUCAUCCUGAAGAGAAAUCUUAUGAGUAUAAUAAAAAUUGGAAAGUUCUCUGUCAUAGUGAAUACCUUGCUGAGCAUCAGAAAACUCAAAUUUUGGAGCAACCUUUUGAAUAUAAUGAAUGUGGGAAAGCUUUCUGUGAUAAUUCACUCUUUUUUAUGAAUAAGACAGCAUACACUGGAGAGAAAACUUGUGAAUAUACUGAAUAUGGGAAAACCUUUGGUGAUAUGUCAUCUCUCAUUUUUAAUGAGAAAAUAUCUCCAAGAGAGAAUCACUGUGAAUUUAACGAAUGUAGAGAAAAUUUCUUUGAGGAGUCCAUUCUCUUUGAACAUCGAAGUAUUCACACUUUUAGCCAGAAGGCAAACUUAACUCAAAUUCAGAAAGCCCACAAAAGAGACAAUAUGAUUGAAUAUAAUGGGUGUGGAAACUUUUUCAGUGAAAAGCUAAUCCUUGAUUUACAUCAGAGAACACACAAAGGAGAAAAACCCUAUGAAUGUCGUAAAUGUGGAAAAACCUUCAAGCAAAAGUCAGCCCUUAGAAGACAUCAGAGAACAAACAUAGAGGAAAAAACAUUUGAAUGUCAUGAAUGUAGGAAAAGUUUCAACAAGAAUUCAGACCUCAUUAAACAUCAGAGAAUUCACACAGGGGAGAAACCUUAUGAAUGUCAUGAAUGUGGGAAAUCCUUCAGUGAAAAGUCAACCCUCACUCAACAUCAGAGAACACACACAGGGGAGAAACCAUAUGAAUGUCAUGAGUGUGGGAAAGCCUUCUCAUUUAAGUCAGUCCUUACAGUACAUCAGAAGACACACACAGGGGAGAAGCCCUAUGAAUGCUGUGAAUGUAGAAAGGCUUUUCUCAGAAAAUCAGAUCUCUUUAAACAUCAAAGAACUCACACAGGGGAGAAACCUUAUGAAUGUAACGAAUGUGGGAAAUCCUUCUCUGAGAAGUCAACCCUCACCAAACAUCUGAGAAUGCACACAGGUGAGAAACCAUAUAAAUGUAUUGAAUGUGGAAAAUUUUUCUGCUAUUACUCAGGUUUCACAGAGCAUAAGAGAAGACACACAGGGGAGAAACCUUUUGGAUGUAAUGAAUGUGGAAAAACCUUCCGUCAGAAGUCAGCUGUAAUUGUUCAUCAGAGAACUCAUAUAAGACAGAAGCCCUAUGAAUGUAAUGAAUGUGGAAAAUCAUUCUGUGUGAAGUCAAAACUCAUUGUUCAUCAUAGAACACACACAGGAGAGAAGCCCUAUGAAUGUAAUAUUUGUGGAAAAUCAUUCUAUAUAAAGUCAAAACUCACUGUUCAUCAGAGAACACACUUGGAAAGAAACCCUAUGAAUGUAGUAAAGGAUAUGAAUCACAGGAUGAAAUAAAAACUUCGUAGAACAGAGCACACAAAGAGGGAGAAAAAUCUAUUAACUGUUUUGAGCAAGCCUUUGACCUACACUUCUCACAGUAUGUCAUACAACUUACACAGGGAAAGAAAUCAUAUGAGGAUAUUGAAUGUAGGAAAACUUUCUACUGGAAUUCAAACUAUACAGUAUAUUAGAAAGCUCAGAAUGGAGAAAACCUAUUGGUAAUAAAUGUAGGAAACAUUUUGCACAAAGCUAUACCUCACUAAACACCAGAGAAAUCACAGGGUAGAAAUCUUUGUCAACCCCAGUGGUAGAGAAGAGUUCAUGCACAAACUAUAGGAAAACAUUUACUGUGAGCUGAUAAUCAUUGGACAUGUGUACUGACAAGUGGCAUCUCAGUGGACAUCAGAUGGUUACUAGAGAAAAUGCUUAUAAAUGUUUUAAAUAUGUGAAAACUUUAAGCAAAUAUCCAACUUUAUAGUAUGUCAGAGAUACUUGAGUGUCUAGCAAUUUAGAAAAUGUGGAGAAAAUUUUUCAUUUAGAAAUAGUAUUCUACUUUGUUACAAUCCAAUUUGACCUAUUGCCAUACCAGCAGCUGUUCCUUCCGGGUGACGGCAUUAGAUGUAAAUACACAUCACACUGUAGCCAGUGAUCAUGAGCAAUUGAAAGGCUUAUUGUUCAGACAUAGGCAAAUUGAGGGGAGGCAUUUAGCAAGGGGAUCCACCAGCAAGAGGAGUCUGAUGUCUGGAUGGAGAGAAAGAGAUCCUCGUCCUGGGACAUACAUAAGACAGGAACCUGCCAUCAGGAGUUUUGAAUAAUGCAAGGGAGACUAAUGUUGGAUUGUCUGUGCUGGAAAGGUGGAAUAAAGGGACAGGGUAAGUUGUCUUGCAUGUGACUUGUUGGACAUAGUAGAAGUGAGUAGGUCUGGAAUGUAGCAGUUUCUCCCCUGGAAAGUGUUAGCAGUUUAGCUGAAUGUCUUCUGUGAAUCAUUUAUUGUACCCAAUUCUUUUUUCCCACAUGCUUAAACAUAUGUUUCAUAGGUGAUGUAGCUUUUUUUUUUUUUAAAAAAAAUCACAUUCAUAUACAGACAUAUUCACUGUUAAAUAUGGAACUUUAAAAAAACGCAAAUAGAUUCUGCUUCUGAAUAGGUUAGUUUGUAGCAGGCCAAUGCUGCCAUUGAGAACAACUAGAAAGACACAGUAAAUCACAAAAAUCAUCUAUUUAAAUGCAAGCAUUUACUGCAUGAGCAGAAGACUAGAGUAAAAUUCUGAAGAAUGGUGAAUCACAGAAAGUACCUGGGCAAUAUAUAGCUCUUUUCCUUGGGAGCAUUUGGCAUUUCUGCCUGUAGGAUAGAUCCUGAGUAUUGAGCUUGUCCCAGGCAGAGGGUGAUAGGUGGGGGACUAGAAAGCAGCAGGGCCUUUAGCAGUAAAAGGCUCCAGUGAAAAAAAGCUCUGAAACAUUAAGGAUGUAAAGCAGAUAGCUAGUUUCCCAGGAUAAUUGCAGGAUUCUAACACUGUGUAGAACAGGAGUCUGUAAAGGAGAACAACAAAACUAGAUUUUUCUUCAGUUUUGCAGUGCUGAGAAAAAUUAGAAUUCAGGAACUACCACUAGAAUGUGCCUUUGGUGAACGCUCAAUGCUAUCAGUCUAAGCCCCAGAAACAAUGUUAUAAUGUCAUGGAUUGAAUUGUGUCCACAAAAUAUAUGUCAACCUGGCUAGGCCAUGUUUCACAGUAUUGUGUGGUUGUCUU